AUGUUCAACAACAUCAACAUCCUUGCCCUCUCCCUCCUCUCCGCUACAGCCUUCGCAGCACCAACACCAGCUCCCCAAGUAGGAGACGGUGUCAACGACCCAAACUACAGCUGGUCCGUAACAGGAUGGAGUGCCGGCUGUGCCAGAUCAGGAUGUUUCUAUGACUUCAACAUCACCGCACCAGCAUACGACGACAUCCCCGCCUUCUCAGCUUACUGCUCCGGCGGACCCGAAGGUGCCGCCUUCAAGCCAUGCGACAUCUUCGAUGAUCUGCCUGGAAACCGUGGUGUUGCAGCACAUUUGCUGGAGGCUGAGACGGGGACUGGGGCGCAUAUUGAGGUCAGCUUGCAGUGGACGGAUUUGGAUCAGCCGAACUCUUACUACAAUUACACUGGUAAUGCGACCUCGAUUUACAACCAGUUCGUUGCACCACUUCAGGAGUUCACUAUUACCCCAUCAUUGGAUUUUGGUGUCGCAUCGGCUUCUGGUGUCGCGUAG